ACUCCCCGUUCUUAUACGCCACCAUCGCAGACAGAAUCGCCAAACCCCUCUCCCUAAAAUGGGACUCCACAAACACCUCAAAGUUCUUCGGCGGCCUCCGCACCAGAUGCAGCAUCGUCUUGCAGGAAAGCAAAAACGCAUCCUCACUGUAAGCGUUCGAUUUCUUGUCCCAGAACGGUUUCCCGGGCCACAACCCGACCCCCGGCUCGUUGUAGUACGGCUUCUCGUUCAGCACCAGGGCCUGAAUCGAGAUCAGAACCUGGAGAAUCGUCGAUUCGGCCGGGUUCCACUUCUCGUUCUUCUUGCCGCUCCAUGUGUUGAUCAGGCUCAGGCAGACCCGCCCGCUCGCGUAGAGAUUCGGGUUGAUCCGCAUCCCGUACGACCGGUAGCGGACCCACGGCGGCGAAUUCGGGUAGUCGGGCGAGAACCUGAUGUCGAAGAAGUAGAGGCCGUCGUGGUACGGCGUCCCCGGGCUCCCGACGAUGACGGCGGUCAUGAGAUCGAUCCGGUUCGCGUAGACCCGGACCGAAAUCGAGUCGGGCAGGUGCUUCUCCAGGAUCUUCCAUUCCCGCAUAAUUUUCUUGGGCGCGUCUUUGGAGAUGUUUGGGAGGCGAUUCUCGUCCUUCUUUUUCGUGGUCAGAUAGGAGUGGUCGGAUGCGUCGUCCGCCACGUCGAAACGCGGGAAUGCGGCGGCGCCGCUGCCUCUGCCGCCGCCACGGAACAUCAUGGGGGAAUUUGACGAAGGUUUUUGGGGGUCUCGCGGCGGGACCCGAGGGGCAGGGAAAGAAACUACGAUUGGCAGUGAGGAGAAGACGAGCAGUGGGGGAAAUUCGUGUCGUCUCUUAAUCUCUUGUGUUUAUAAAUUAUAUCUGGGAUGAUGAGGUUAGGGUAAAAAACCUACAAACAGAGUACCUAAUCUUUCCGAUGAUUAAGAAUUACAGUUUGUUAAGGAGUGAAUGUCGAGUGAUGGUGAUCCACGCUAAUCAUGAGAAAGCCCAAUAUAUAUUACUCGGCCCAAUUGACAUAGAAAUAAUAUCAAGUUCACCAAGGCAC